AUGAGCGACACCAUAUUGCUUCCACCUUCCACGAGCGGCGCCCCGAGUCACCGCGACACCAGCCCUUCCAAGUCGUACACCCUCAAGACUGCCAAGGGCGUUCCUAUCCGGCAAACCCAUGUCAGCGAUUGGCUGAUCAGAAUGCCCGCUGAGUCCUGCAGUGCCGCGACGCAGAUGAAAGCUGCUCGCCCGUCAACCUCGCCCUCCACUUCUGCUCUCUCGGAUCCGGAGGAGACGUUCGGAGUACAGUGCAAGGACACCAAAGCGACCUUGCUGAUCCUCCUCAAAACCGUCGACACGGAUACGCUUCUCGGGGACCACGAGCUGAGCGGAGAUGAGGGCAGGUGCGUGACUCAUGCCGCGCGGGUCACUCACCACAAGGAUGAGACUGCUUCGAUAGAGCCCGAAUCCGUGGGGCGGUACAAGGUAUCGGUCGUCUUCGUCUCCAGGAACAAGGACCCGAAUGCUGCGACUGAGGUGGGGUGGCAUCUGUCGGCUCCCGUGCACCGGACCAUGCGCAUUCCCUUGGAUGUACAGCCGCUGGCCUUUGAGUGGGACGGCUCCCAUUUCCAAGAUGUUCUCGCAAGCGACCGUGCCGCGUUUCUCCACUCAGCGACCUUCACGAGCGCAGAUGGGAUGUCCACCACGAUCAACGUAGGGAAGCCCAAUUCCGGCUGGGUUCUUCAGCCCAUCGAUGCCGGAUAUGGAGUUGUCCUGGCGACGAAGCGAUCCGGGACCCAGGGGCGGAUCUACACAGCGCUCAUUGAGGAUUUUGGGGAUCAGGAUCGACGUGCGGUCAAUGCCGAACCCCAGGAUGACGACGAAGUGGCCAGUGAAGAUGACAGACUCGCGGACAGUGCUCUGAGCUGGACUGAGAUCUCAUUCGGUGCGCAGAGCAGAGCAGGAUCGACUGUAUCUCUGAGUGGGUCGGAGGAUGAGGGAGACGCUUUCUGCUAG